AUGCCCGGAAUGAAUAUCCCCAACGUCUUUGGACAGGUCCCGAGUGGUGUGUUUGGUCCCGACAAGAAUGUAGACAGAAAUGUUCCCUCUUCAUAUUCCCAAUCCAGUCCGGAAGAUACCAAUACCCCUUCCAUGACCUGGGAUUCUCCCUUGACAUCGUCGACAAAUGAAUAUCUCCAAACUCCCUUUACCCCUUCUCCUAAUGAAACCCAAGUGCCACUUCCUCCUCAACCGUCUAAAGUACCUCCACAUUCCCCAAGCUUGAAAGAAAACAACACACUUCUCAUGAGAGGUUUAGGUAUUGGUAGACCAUCAACUCCCCAUAUUUCUGAAACUUCCAUGGAAUCAACAGGACAAAAUCAACGUUUUUCCACUUCCAAACGUCAUAGUCGGAAGUAUAGUUAUGCUUCUACUCCUUGGAAUGGUGUUUUAUCUUUCGGUAAUCAAACUCCUCGAAAUGGACAAGAAGGUAGUUCGUUAUCUUCCAAACGAUCAGAUUCCUCUCCAGGAAAAGAAGAACGUCGAUCGUCAGAUUCACAAUUAACGGACAGAGGUAUGAUGGAACAAAAACGUCGAUCGAUGGUUUGGACCACACCAAGAGGAAGUUCUUUACCUUCUUCUCGACCAUUGGAUGAAACUUCAGAACUUGAUAGUUUUCCGGAGAUAGAAGGACAAUAUGAUUCUGAAAGAAAUCAUCAUAGAUCUAGACCGGAUUAUCGCCAUCUUCUUAAAUCGAAUACUCUCUUUCCCAGAAGAUCCGACGAAACUAUAGCAUCUCAUCAAACACCUGCUUCUCCUAUGAGUCCUGUAGGUCGCAAUACUUUUCUGUCGGCGAGAAGCUUCGACAAAUGGGAUCUCAAAGUUUCAAAGUUAGCCACGGGUGGAGUUCCUAGGAUGAACACUGAUAAGGAUGAAGAAGGAGAUACAUUAUCUCAUGUAAUUAGUACCCUCAGUCUUAGCUCAUAUGACGGUGAUAGGGGUGGGGAAGGAUCUGGAGGGACUGAGAAUUCUCAAGAUACGGCAACCCUCUCUGGAGAGAAUUUCUGGGUAUCAGAGGAAAUGUAUGUCAUUGGCAAGGGCAGGGAUCUUGAGGAAGAGCCAGGAUCACCGGAGGCCCUAGAGAUGAGAGCCAAACGUCGUAGAAUCAGACGAAAUACCGAACAGAGCUCUCGAGUCACUUCCACUUCCUCAUCCUCGCUUAAAAGAGCUCGUCGUGCUUCUCAGGUGGUUCUACAGAGUACCAAUAAUCUUCCGGAUGUGGAGAUGGUGGAGUUUUCUGGAAUGGGAGUCGCAAGUCAGGGUGAAGGUAGCGCAAGAGACAUUCGUCCAGUUUUCCAUGAAUCGGAAACGAUGGAUAUGGAUAUGGAUAUAGAUAUGGAUUGA